AUGACCAAUCCAGUCGAGAGUAGAAAUGGGAAAAGACAUUGCAAUUUGAAAGUUGUACUACUUGGAGACUCCUCAGUAGGCAAAUCUUCCUUAGUGAUGAGAUAUGUUAUUGGUAAGUUUCAAACAAGUAAUGCGACUAUUGGUGCUGCAUUUAUGACUAAGACAAUUCAACUUAAUGGGGAUAAAGAAGUAACGUUGGAGAUAUGGGAUACAGCAGGACAAGAACGUUAUAGAUCGUUGACUCCAAUGUAUUAUAGAGGUACAGACGUUGCUAUUAUUGUGUAUGAUGUAACAAGCCCUAUAAGUUUAUCACAUGCAGAAACUUGGAUUGAUGAAUUAAAAUCUUAUGUCGAUACAGAGAGAAAUUCAUCAGCAUUAAAGAUAAUCCUCGCUGCGAAUAAAGCCGAUUUGGUAGAUGGUUAUCAACAGCCUGAAGAAUUAAAGAAAAGUCGAAGUGAAAAUUUUUUUGUCGUUAGUGCAAAAUCAGGUGAUGGUAUUGAAGAGCUAUUUGAUGGUGUAGUAGGUGAUCUUCCAGAUGAAAUGUUUAUUAAACAUAGUCAAACAGUUGAAAAUGAAACUAUUCAGAUAGAUAAGAAGUUUUACAAUAUCGAUACAAGUUCUUGUAAUUGUUAA